UCUAGGACCUCCGGAGGACUCUACAUCUCGGUGGUAACCAAGCGCACCUGGCGCUGGCGCCCCCGGGUGCACCAACCUGCGUGGCACAGGACCCUCUGGGAGUCGACUCACGCGACACCCAGCGUAGGACCAAGCCGGCGGAGUUUGUGCAGAGAAGAUACCUGAGCCUGUGGGAGCACACGCGGAAUUCAAGAUGCUGCAGGAUGCAGCUGUGAAUGAAUCACAAAAGGAUGCUGGGCACCAGAUCUGCACUCAGUUGGAAUCUUUGCAAGGAAGAGGCAGAGCUGGUCUUACUGGAUUCUGAGACCAGGAAUAAGAUGAAGAACUGGAAGGCAAAGAGGAAAAUUUCUGAAGAAAAAGAUUUAGCGAGGGCUGUACUGGGAGUACACCAAAGACAAACCUCCCAGGAAUGUGGGUUAGUCAAAACCAGUGAUCCCAAGGACAGGUUAGUGCUGCAUUGGGUAAGCCCCUCAGAGGAUGCAGUGAGGCAGCCUCCUUCCCAAGAGAGAGCCAUCAUGGAAGUGGACCUCAUCCCCAAGAAAGCCAUUUCAGAAGAGAGGGGCCACAGAUACAAUGAAGGAGGAAAAAUACUUUCUGCUGGAGAAAGAUCCCACAGGUAUGAUGUCUGUGGCCAGAGCUUCAAACAGAAGUCAGAACUAACUGAACAUCAGAAAACUGAUAAUAUCAAGAAAAUCUAUGAAUGUAAGGAAUGCGGAAAAACUUUUAAUCGGGGCUCAAGCCUGGUUAUACAUCAGAGAACUCAUUCAGGAAAGAAACCAUAUGUAUGUAACGAAUGUGGAAAAGACUUUAAUCAAAGUUCAAAUCUUAUUAUACAUCAGAGAAUUCAUACAGGAAAGAAGCCUUAUAUAUGUCAUGAAUGUGGGAAGGACUUCAAUCAGAGCUCUAAUCUGGUUAGACAUAAGAGAACUCACAGCGGUGAGAAUCCCUAUGAAUGUAAAGAGUGUGGGAAGGCCUUCAAGGGAAGCUCAAACCUUGUCCUACACCAGAGAAUUCAUAGCGGAGGGAAGCCUUAUAUAUGUAAUGAAUGUGGGAAGGCCUUCAAUCAAAGCUCAGAUCUUAUAAUACAUCACAGAAUUCACACAGGAGAGAAACCCUAUGAAUGUAAUGAAUGUGGACAAGCCUUCAGCCAGAGUUCACACCUUGUCACACAUCAGCGAAUUCAUACUGGAGAGAAACCCUUCAAGUGUAAUGAAUGUGAAAAGGCCUUCCAACAGCGUUCAUGCCUUACUGAACACCAGAGACUCCACAGUGGAGAGAAACCUCAUGAAUGUCGUAAAUGUGGGAAAUCCUUCAGUGGGCGCACAGCUUUUCUUAAACAUCAGAGACUGCAUACUGGAAAGGAACUUGAAUGUGAAAAAGCCUGUACUUCUGAGUUGGACCUUAUCAAACAACAGAGAAUACAUAGGGAAGAAAAACCAUAUGAAUGUACUGAGUGUGGUAAAACUUUCCGGGGAAGUUCAGAUCUAAUUCGGCACUGGAUAAUUCAUACUGGAGAGAAACCGUAUGAAUGUAGUGAAUGUGGGAAAGCCUUUAGCCAGAGGUCUCACCUUGUUACACAUCAGAAAAUUCACACUGGAGAGAAGCCCUAUCAGUGCAAAGAAUGUGGGAAAGCCUUUUGGCAGCGUUCACUCCUCAUUCAACAUCAGAGGAUCCACAGUGGGGAGAAACCCUAUGAAUGUAAGGAAUGUGGAAAAUCCUUCAUCUGGCACACAGCUUUUCUCAAACAUCAAAGACUUCAUACUGGAGAGAAACUUGAAGGUGAGAAAACAUUCAGCAAGGAUGAGUUGUUUAAAGGAGAGCAGAGAAUUCACUAUGAAGAAAAUGCUUGUCCAGGAAAUCAGUGUGAUAGAACUUUCCGGAACAGCUCAGACCUCAUCACACAUCAAGUCACUUAUGCCAGAGAGAAACCAUAUGAAUGUAAAGAAUGUGGAAAAACCUUCAGUCAGAGCUCAGACCUUAUGAGACAUCACAGAAUUCACAGUGGUGAAAAACCUUAUGUAUGCACUAAAUGUGGGAAACCUUUUAGGGGAAGCUCAGAUCUUAUUAAACACCAUCGUGUUCACACUGGAGAGAAACCUUAUGAAUGCCCUGAAUGUGGAAAAGCCUUCAGUCAGAACUCACAUCUUGUUAGUCACCAGAGAAUUCAUACUGGAGAGAAACCCUUUGAAUGCAGUAACUGUGGAAAGGCCUUCAGUGGGCACACAGACUUUCUUAAACAUCAGAAACUUCAUCCUGGACAGGAACUUGGGGAAUGUGAGAGGGUCUUCACACAGGACUUAUUCUAACAGGUUGCACAACCUAAUGAAUGUAGGAAAAGCCUGGUGGAGAUCACAUCUUAUUGCACUAUAGAGGAUUCUUAUUAUUGAAAACCACUUGAAAAAAGGAAAACAUUACAAGAGUCCUAGUGGAUGGAAAACAUGUAAGUGUAGUCAGGUGGAAAAGUUCUUGGACAUAAAAUAACCUUUUUUCUGCCUCAGAACUACAUUGGAGUAUGGUCCCCAGCAUAUAAUUACUUGACAGUGUUUUAGGCAACUUCUAUUGUUACUAAAUCAUUAUAAAUAACUUUGGCAACACCCAAAACUAAAUUCUCCGUAAAAGGAGCCCUUUAAAUAUUGACUACCGAGUCCAGUGACCAGUAAAAAUCUUAAGUACUUUAAUGUGAUUAAAUCUUUCUCUGGGAUGAAUUCUUCCCCUUAGGUAGGUGUUUUACACAUUCUUUUUUUUUCCAUCCUUAUAAAAAUAUGUUUAUACAUAUGCAAAAAUACUAAUUAGAAUGAACCACUAAUUGAGAAGAAACCAAAAAAAUAAUAGAAAUGACGAGAUAGCUGAAGGCCAGGAGGAGACAAGAGCCACAGGAGGAGUUUCCCCAGAGAAACAGGAGUGACUACUAGUAGUAUCAGGAAAUGAAAGGCCAAGGGACAGGAGAACAGUAGGUUUGGGGACUAGGAUAAGACUGAGUACUGGGACCGAGCAUUUAGGUGACAUGGGUUGCUGGGAAUUCAAAGAAAGCAUCUACUAUGAAAGGUCAGUUGAUUAUAGGGGAAGUGGUUUUGUCUUGAACCAGGACUUUGUAUGUAAUUGGGCACAGCUUAUUUGAGAAUGGGGGAAUCUAAAUAGAACUCUGAAGAGAGGUCAUCGUUUAAGCUGCCAACUAAUUUGGUAAUUAGGCCCUGCCUCUGGGCAAACUCGGUCCUUAAAUAUUUCUUAUAUUUUGAACUACUGGCAGAUUGCAUCUGAAUUUCCAUGAGUCAUCAGAUAAGAAAGCUACUGAGAGAACCAUGUAAGGCAAGGAGAAUUUCGACCUCAUAUCUUUCCUCAGUGGGAGUAGCUUGUGAAAUGCAUAGAAGGGAUCAGUGGUUCACAAUGGGAUGGUUUUGCCUCCUGGGGACAUUUGGCAAUGUCCAGAGACAUUUUGGUUGUCACAACUUGAAGAAAAUGUUGACUAUCUAAAGUCCAGGGAUGUUUUAAAUAUCUUAAAAUAUACAGCCCUACACCCCUCCCAAACAAAAAAUUACCUGAUCUCAAGUGUCACUAGUGCCAUCCUUGAGGAACCCUGCCCAUGGCUAUUUAGAACACCAGUCACCUGGGGCCAUUUAAGCGAGCAUUUCAGUGUCAUGUGGGCAGUGUCCCAGGGGAAUUCAUAGAAACCUUUAAUUUAAUUAGGAGGAAAUCUAGUAUGGAGGGAGCACAGACAUGGGUUUGAAUCCCCAUAUGAUGUAUUGGUUUCAGGACUCGAGCAAACUAUGUAACCCCUCUGAUCUUUAUUUUCCUUAUUAAUAAAGCAGUGAUAAA